AUGUUUUGUCCCAUGAGGCUUGCCCUCAGAGCCCCUCCCCCACCUUCCGGGGGGGUCAACACUGGAAUGGAAGCCAAGGAUGUCAAGCGAGGCAAGGCUAUGAGCCAUCGUGGUGCCCCCUACCAAGAGCCUGGGGGCCCUGGGGCCAGCGCUGGCCUCAAGGGCCACCCUCUGAAGAACUUUACCAUCCCCAAGAUCCAGAGGACCGCGGAGAAAGUGUACUUGUCAUCUUGCCACACCGGUCGGAGGGAGUAUAGUGCCAUCAGCCACACCCUGGCCCAGUGCCGGCUGGACCUGAGCUGCGAGCUGCAGUCAGCGUGGCAGUUUGGGGAGAUGCAGCUGGUUCACAAUGAGUACCUGGAGAGGAAGUUCUCGGCCAAGAGGACGGAGAUGCGGGAACGCGGCCGGCGAGGCCGCGAGCUGGAGGAGCAUUACUGCUUCUUGGCGCUGUCCCACAGCGCCGUGUCCCGGAUGUACCAGAGCGGGCUGUGCACCCGCGAGUCCACCAUGAAGGCGCUGGGUGAUCCCCUGCUUGGCGUCUACCUCUUCAGGCAUGCCGACGUGGCCUUGGGUUACGCGCGCAGCCGGAAUCACCACGUGGGCAACCUCAUGAUCUUUAAGGUUAUCUAUGGAAAGGUGAAGAAGAUACAGCCCGUGGUGGACAAGAGUAAAACGUGUCUGGACCCUUCACCCAAUUUUGACUGCCACAUGUCGCGAGUUGUCCCGACGCCCAAAGACCCCAUCGAGCAGCAGGCCACUGGCUCUGCCGUUUAUCUCUACGAGUACAACACGCUUUCGAAGCCCGUGGACAAGCCCCGGCAGUGCCUUCCGUACGCCACCGUGACCGUCAGAUUCCUCGGCCAGAAAGCAGAAAGCGGGCCCACCAUCACAUCCCUGCGCUUUCUCUCCGCGGGGUUUCCCAAGUGGCCCGAUAAAAGGGGAUCCCUGAAUAACUGUACCAUUGCCAAAAGAAUCGGGAAGGGAAAGGAUGCCACGGUCAUCUAUGAACAUUUCCCGAAGCCUGUGGAGGCCUCCACCCAGGACAGCUGCUCCUGUACUGCAGAGAUGAACCCUUUGGCCCCCGAAAGACUGGCUCCCUGUGGAGGCGUACAGAACAACGGCUUCUUUGCUGAAGGCACCACAGAUGGCCAGGCCGAGCCUAAUUUAGCAGAAAGCCACAACCUGUCUCAAGUGCCAGCCCCUGAGGCCAACCCGCCCCUCCCACCCAGUGUGGAUGCCACUCCGAGUGUGAAUGGCGACCUAUUGAUAAACUUUAAUUACCUCGAAAAAUUCCUCACCAUCCUUUCUGCUGCAGCCGGCCUUCCUAACAACACUGGUACCAGUACCGUGACCACCUCCAAGCUCAUCAAGGACCCCCGGCUGCUGCGAAGAGGAGGAUCCCAUGACCAGGGAAACCUCGAGACAGACUCCGGAGACACUGUGCCCUUGGAGAGCAGGGAAGAACGCCCUGGUUCACAAGUGAAUCCUUCAUCAUCCCUGCCCUCCGGAGCCGUGCCUGGUGAGCCCAUGGUGCUCAGUCAGGGCUCCCCUGGUCCCGAGGGCUUGUUCUAUCAGAACUGUGGCUAUGCAGCUAUCCCCGAGGUAACCAUGGCCGAUGCUUCCAAGGAAGUCGCUCCAGAACGUGAGAACCAGGAGCAUAGUGAUGCAGGCAUGCGUAGCUCAAGCCAGGUGAACAGGAUCCUUCUGCCAGUUAAGAAACAAGCCAGGGGAAAGUCCAUCUCGGAGAAGAAUCACUUUCCUGGAAAGGGCACGUCAGUGGAUACCAGUUCAGAGAGGCUUAGUAACCUCAUACCCUGGAAAUUAGUGCCUGCCGACUUCAGAACUGUACGUGAAAGACUUCAACCACCCUCUCCUCCAGAACCUCUCCAGGCUCAGCAGGAAACCAGAAAUAAAUCCAUUCAGGACACUCAACGUAUGAAAAACCUGGACACUGACCCAGAAAACCAUUCCAAACAAGGAGAAAAUAAAUACUCCAAGAAAAAAGAUAGUCAUGACUCUGCUCGUGGAGAAGGGAGGAGUACCUUAAGAGAGUUCCAUCUUUCCCAUGAAAAGCACGCGCCUUUGAUUUUAUCCCACCAAGACAGCGAUGAUGGUAAACAGCCUUGGAGCCAGGGGUCAGAUGUUCCGGGGCAGCCUUCCCCAUCGCCUCCAGGGCAGGAAGGGAAGUCAAGCCCCACACACAUACCUUGUCAAUCAGAAAACAGUUACCCUCCUGUAAGUGCACAGAAGUCUUCAAAAAAUUACCUGGAAGAGUGGUUGAAAUGUGAAAGGAUGUACACUGACAAAUAUUUUUCCAAAUCUCCAAAAGUAACAGAAUUGAAAACGAGAAGUCUGUGUCUGAUGCCCGUUGGUACGAAGGCCGAUGCUUCCCAGGAAAUGGACAUCGCUGUGGAGACCAAAGGAAAGCCUCAUGAUUUGACCAGUUUAUCACUUGACACUAAAGUGCCCCAUUUCAAGGUGGUCAGAGAUGGGAACGGGAAAUACCCGGCUGUCCAUGGGGAAAAUGAAAAUGAGCCCAUUUCCCCAGCUGGCCCACAUAAAGAUGGCGGACUGAAUGCCGGUCUUGUUGAAGAGGUAGACAGGAGUCAAGAUUGCCCUGUGUUCUGUGACCCAGUGUUUGGGGAUGAUGAUACCGCUUUUCCUGAUCUGAAUGUUUAUUUUCGAGAACAAGAAUUUAGGAGUGAAGAAAGUGAUGACCCACAUCCUAAAAGAGAGGGAAGACAAAGUCCUUUUGUAGAAAAAAAUAGAAUGGAAAAUAUUUAUGUAGAUGAGAAGCAAGUUGUUUAUAUGAACAAAAACUGCACCACUAUUGUCAGUGAUGAGAGAGAGAUUAAGAAUUCGGGCAGGUCAGCAGUAAUGUAUUCUGAAAAGUUCUCUUCCACAUUUAACGUAGCCUGGAAAAAAAGCUAUGUGUCUAUAGAAACUGCCUUGGUCGAAAAUGCAAACAGAGUCAACCCCAGGAAUCAAGGGGGGACCCUUCUCAGCGGCGAAAGGAAGCCGAUACCACCGGCUUCCCCAGCUGCGUUGGCCGAGGCCGCAGGGUCCCACGCAGCCCAUGUGCACAGAGACUUUGGGACCAGCAUGCCCACCCCUGCUGUUCUGAGGCCGGGGUUUGGUACCGAGUACCGAGACAGCCAAGGGAGAUCCCUAGGAAGAGCACGAGCUGUCCGGAGCCGCGAUUUUGGAGCAUGGGCGAGAAAUGUGUUUGACCCAGACUCCAGCAAACGCAGUGAAGCCUGGGAACAGCCCGACGUUGGUGAGAACCCGCAGCUCCUAUUUCCUCAAGACCUGAACUUUGACGACGAGAUCGAAAUGGAAUUUGAACAGUGUGAAGACUCUUUCCUCCAGCGAGACCCAGCGCUCCCUGGACCUCCGUCUGCAGAUGACACGAGCUCUGUGUACCAGCUCCUGGAAUCUCGCAUAGACUGGGAGAAUCUCUUUGGAGGCUGCAGCGGCGAGCCCUCGGAGGGCUCCAAAAGCCGGUCGCCACCAGAGGAGGGGAGCCGGUGUUUCCUUUGGGAAAGCAGUCGUGUUUAUUCUUGUACCCAGAAAAACCACGAGGAGCUCUUAAAUCCUGUGGUGGUUCCCAACUUACAAAUUCAAAUUAAAAAUGUCAUCCAGUCGGGAUUCGCCCUUUCUCAGGAGCCGCUAGCGAUGCCAGAGGAGGUGCCGAUGUGUGCCGCACCAGAGAUCACGGAGGCAGAAAUGAGUGAGGCGGGGCAAGAAUUGGAGCCCCUGGCCAGUCCUUCCCUGUUGACCUGUGAAAACACCGACCCCCCUGGGCAAGAUGAGCUCGGUCUGAAGGCAUGGCCAGAGGCACCAGAAGUGAUGGGGAAUUUGGUCAUCUCCCCACCUCCUGACUCAUUGGCUCACAAGGCCGUCAGGCACCCCCUGGCAUCGUCCCCUCGACCUGCCGCUGCUUCCCGGGCCACAGAGGAUAAAAGUACCGGCCUGGUGGCAAAGCCCAGGGAUGCCUGUCACAGAGUUCCAAGGGUGAAAGAGGCGGAACCCCGAAGUGGCAAAGGGAAGCUGCCCGCCACCAUAAAGGACACAACCGUGCCCAGCAGAGCCUUCGGGUAUCCGGAAGCGGGUGAAAUACGCAGAAGGAUGGCCCGCUACCAGCCGUCCAAACAGUUCUCCUCUUUGUCCGAGGGACGGAUCAGGACCUUUUCGCAGUCAGAGAGGCACAUCAGAUAUGUUCUGAACACCCUUUGCGGCGAAGCUGCCUUGUGCAAGAGCAGACGUCUGUCCAGAAAGCUGGACCGGGCUCUUCUUCAUUUAAAGAAAGCCCACAGGAGGGUGCACCGGUCCCUGCAGCUCGUCACCAAGGUGGGGGAGGAAAGGAGGAGCAGCCCCUUGCCCAAGUCCUACGAGGUCGUCCGCAACAGUUUAUGGGAGUGCUGUGACCUGGAAGGCUACAGUUUUCUGACAGAAAGGAGGCAUGACUUAAGGCAUUGCUGGCAGAAGAGGAAAGAUGAGAAACGGGAAGAGAAGAGAGCUUUGGGGCUGGAAGUGGUUCGGUCUUGGGCGCCUGCCUCUCACCAGCAGGUGUGCACCAGCAGCGGCGGCAGCAGGGACCAGGGGGUCUGGCGGCCACUCUCCAUAGAAGGGCCGUCCGGUGAGGCCUCUGUCGGUCAUGGGAGCGCCCGUCCCGACAGGCCGAGUCACUCUGAGUCUUGGAACUCGGCAUCGAGAGAUCCAAGAAGGGCUGACCACACGGUCCCUGAUGGACACUCGACAGCUUUCCCUUCGCGUCACUCUGACGGGGAAAGGAGGUUGGACUUCAUCUUCUUGUCCAGCAUUCACACCGAAGAAACAAGUGCUGUGGGCUCCAGGGAGGCUCCCUCAGCGGCCCGUUCUGCCCCGUCUAGAAUGGAAAGUGACGGGAAGUUCUUCAGCAGCCCUGGGGAAAAGCGCCUUCCCCUCAAUACCAGUAAACCAAACGUAGAAGGUGUUGGGGAGAUUCACUCCAGAGUGAAUUCGGACAUCUUCAUUUCUGUCUUGAAAUCAAGCACAGAACACUUUUUCAAUGUUGACAUCUCUGAAACAGAUCUGAAGUUGCCUCAAAAUCCCCCCAGACUGGAAGAAAAGUCACCCGCAGUAAGCUCAGAACCAAGCGCUUCUUCAGAACGCUUAGUUAGGGGUUCAGGUGGUGUAGCUCCCCGGACAAGACAAGAGGGAGAGAGUGUGCUUCGGAAUUUUUCCUGCAUCUCUGUUAAAGAUAAUGAGGCUGAAUGGCGACCCCCCCACUCCAAGAAGCUGGCCGAGGGACUGCCGAUUAUUGGUAGCCUGGCAAGCCACGCUCCACCUCUGCAGCACGAGCAGCCCCAGCUUCAAAAUGUUGGAGAGGAUGCUGUAGCUGCGCUUUGGGGGCCCUGCAAAAACUCCCCUCGAGGAGGGGAUAGGAAGGAAGGAAGUGGUUCUCAAAGUGCCCUGGUGGGGCCUGCACCACUGGAGAAAAACAAAAGUGGUGAGAAAAGCGCUGCUGGGGCUCUCCUUUUGAACACUUCUUUGGAGAACGCCAGGCGUUCCUCAUCACAGAAAUCCAUAGUAAAGGGAAAAGAUGAAAAAAGAUGGGCAAAACCAGUGGAAAGGGACCCGCGGUCAGAAAAGCCGGCAGAAGAACCUUCUGAGAAAUCUCCUAUUCAGACCGAAGGGCGAGACGAACAGGGCCGGGCCUCAGACGGUUCUUCGGCGGUGACUGUCCCUUUUACUGAAGAGACUCCCAGUCAAUUGGCCGGGACCGAGAAGGAGGAGGAGGAGGAAGGCAGAAUGGAAGUGGACGAUGAGCCAACUCCCUCCCCUGCCGCACCUCUCACUGCCCCCAGGAGGAAGGGAGUCCCCCAGACGUGUGCCAUGCGGACGCACCCAGGCAUCCCUGACGCCGACGCUGCUCAGCAGCCCCCUCCCACGAGUGAAGUGGAGGAGGACCAAUCCUCAGAGGACCCUACAACGCUCACUGAGAAGCUGUCGAGAAUUCUGCAAAAGGCAGGCGAGGCCUCCACGCCAAAGAGUUUACAGGGACUAAUCGAAACGUGCCAGACCGUCCUUCCUUUGUUCAUUGAAUCUUCUGAAAGAAAACAGAAACGCUCCUUCCCGCACGUGCUGGUUUCCCAGAACCCGCUGGUGGAAGGUCACGGGUGGAAGAGCCGUAAGCACUGCCUCCGCCUGCAAGCCGUGGAUUCCCCAGUGGAGCUGCAGACGAUGAUGGAAACCGUGCGCUUGGUGGAGAACGAGAAAGGUCCACCGGACGGCGAGCCCGCAGUCCGCGGCUUGCCCCGGUACGACGGCGAGCUGCUGCGCGGGAACCCAGGCUACCAGCAGCAGGCCUGGCUCUGCCCGGCCUUCCAGGAUAGGCUCGAGUACGACGCCUUCGGCGAGCUGCAGCACUCCCACAGGCAGCUCAUCCGACUGUUGGAGGAAGCCAAGAAGGAGAACAAGCCCUACUAUGCCGUCCUGAAAUACAGAUGGCAGAUUGAGGAGUGUGAAGAUAUGCUGGAGCGUUGCUCCAGUCGCUUGGAGUUCACUCUUUCCGCGCCAUUCACCUGUGGGGUUAAUUUCAGAGAUAAUUUAGAUGACUUAGAAACGUUGAGAAUGAGAACUUUGGAACCGAUCGGUAACCAGGACCAUUUCCCUAAUAUUCAGUCUUGUCCUGGGAAACAAGACUGUCUCUGGAUCAUCGUGGAAAUGAACUCCUCCAGGAUGCAUUUUAUAAAAUAUUCAGAAUCCAUUAGCAUGAAGAUCUCUCUCUAUGGCCUGGAACACGUCUUUUUCGAUGCUGCUAAAAGUCUCGUUUGGAAAGAGAGGGGCCUGUCGAUUGGCAGAAGUGACUCCCCCAAGAAGGUGGAGGAAGAACUCCUCGUAUUUAACCAGUGCUCCUUUAAGAAGCUUCAGCAGAUCUAUGAGACUCUGGAGGCCGACGGGAAAGCAGAACGUGCUUGCAAGGGUUGGCUGGAGGAAACUGUUGGAAAUGCUCCCGGUAAGCGCUGUGACUGCUUAACGGGAGAGGGGCUUGGCAGGGGAAACUGCAGGUUUAGUGAUCCUCUCUUCUCUCUCCCAGAUGUUUGCAGCGUUGGAGAGAUAUUAGAACAAGCAGAAUCUGCUGACCUGAGACAGUUAGAGGAGCUUACUGGGAGAUGCAGAGACCACCUGGAGACCUUAAAGAAAUGCUUCCAGAUUCUGCAGGAGGCCGCCGCGGACAGCGUCCUGAUCACAGAAGACAACGUGCUGGACAUGGCCAGGACGCGCAGCCAUCCAGUGGUCGUCCUGAAGCCUGAAGCUGUCGAGAUGUACGUCGAAGUCGUCAUGCUCGCCGAAACCAUUCACUUCCUGAAAAAUGUCAUGGCCAGGAGGCUGGACGAACCAAGGUUUCGGGGUAUGCUGUGGUUCGAUUUGUCUCUCCUUCCUGAGCUGAUAGAAAACCAAGGGAAAAUAGCAGCUUCCUCUUCAUUUCUCAAAGAGAAAGGGACGUCCGGCCUGUGGAAUGCGGUGGAGGCCGCCAUUAUGGAACUGAAAGGGGUUGUCACUGUCAUCUGCGAGUACCCCAAAGGGGCCAACUCCUCCUACGCCCUGCAGCUGCUGUCCAGAGAACUGGCAGAGCUCUCUGAAGUCAGGACACUCCUCGAACAGGCCACCCCGCCUAUCGCCACCUACACGGACCUCGUGCCUUACACCGUGUCGGUGAAUUACGGCACCACCCUUUCUGAACUCGAACACAAUUAUGACCAGUUUGCUGGGUUGUUGAAGAACCUGACUUUGACGUCCCAGAGAGACCUGGGGAAAAUGGCCCACGUCAUGAAAGUCAUGAAGACCAUUGAGCGCCUGAAGGCAUCCUGCGCUGGAGUGGGGAGCGGCGACAUCUCCCUCCUCACCUGCCAGAUGUUCUCCAACGCACAGAAAGCCCGCCAGCGGGGGACGGAGACUCGCGCUGUUGCCAAGAGGGAGCCCAGAAUGCUUACCAGGAAAGCGGGCUCCCGUAGGAGGAAACCGCCAUCUCCUUCCGGCAUACCCCACAGAGGUCCAGCUGGCUCCAAAAAGAGACCCCUCCCUCCAGCCCCUCGUGAGAGCAGCGGCGAGCGCCUCCAAAGUCCUGAUCCACCCGGCGGCAAAAGACCCAAGAACUCCAGGAGGUUGGGGAAGGGAGCUCAUCACUCCUGCUGGACCAAAGAGAGCUAUGGGUCCAGUGUCCUGGACCAGAAGGCAUUCCUCUUCAUUUGCGCGGGACACGUAAAGAACGGGGUCAGCGAUCCGGGAUCCUGCAACGUCCCCCGACCGGGGACGUCCAGCCGCGUCCAUGGUGGCGUCGUGUCGGCUCAAGUUCUGCGUGUGCCGGAGCCUGUUGUGUCGAGCUCUUACCUAGCUUGCCAAGACCCAGCCUGCCGAAGUGCGCUUGGGUCUGGGGUCGAGCCGUCGCCAGAAAGCCUGGUCUCAUGGCUCUUCCGCUAG